GCUCAGCAAAUCUAAACAUCCACAGAGGAACAUACACGUUUCCGCCAAAGGCAAUAUGGUGGACUUGCUAUCAUCAUUAGCGCCCUGCAUAAAUCUAAAAAUCAGUCUGUACAAACUCUCCUAGAGGCCUUGCACUACAUCACCAUGUUUAAGAAAGCCAAGAGGUGCAAUUUCAGACGGAGGAAUGACUCGGAAGAUGAGGAGAAAGAGGUGGGCCAGCAGUCCGGCGGGCCCCGGGCUGAAGACUUGGCGAACCCGAGUGAGUCCACCAGCACCGGCCCCGCUCCUGGAGCAAACAUGCUGAACAAUCACGGAAACGGGUUUCAGCCCGGUGCUGUUAAGUCCAACAAAGAGAAAAAGAGAAAGAAGGAGGACCGAGACCGAGAGGAACCGAAAGCGAGUCUGCUGAGCUUCCACGAUGAUGAAGAUGAGGCCGAAGUGUUCCAUGUGAAGAAAUCCAACCACAGCAAGAAGAUUGUCAAGCAGCUGAAGAAAGAAUUCAAGGAGGAUUUGGAAAAAACUGGCAGUGCCACGCAGGAUCAAAACACGUUCAUUCCAGGCGGACCUGCUCAGAAUCUGUCAAUUAAAGAGGAGCCCUUGGAGGGCAGCAGAGCCAGCAGUGAACAGGGAGAAGAAGAAAUGGAGGUGGAUAGCAAUGAGGAACAGGAGGAGGAGGGCGAACAAAGGCCUGCGGGUGGAGCAUUUAGCCAAACUCUGUCGGCUCUCAGCUCACUCAGACCAGGUGAGAACAUCCAUCAAUCCAGUCCAGACCUGGACAGGACAAGC